UGCUAUUUAUUUGUCCGUAUUAAGCUUUUUCUUAAAAGUAUAUGGACAAUCCUUCAAAUGAAUGGAUUCAUCUAUUUCAGCCGCACCGUCAUAGGGCGCCACCUUUCCAACAAGUCAGUUUUCACAUUUCUGCCCUGCUAGAGCUGCCCCGGUCAAUUGUAAGUGAUGUUAUUCUGAAAUGUAAACGUCUAGGAGCAACAACGGCUCAGCUGCGAAGUGGUAGGCCACAUAAGCUCACAUAACGGGACUGCGGAGUGCUGAAGCAUGUAGCGUGCAAAAUUGUCUGUCCUCGGUUGCAACACUCACUAUCGAGUUCCAAACUGCCUCUGGAAGCAACGUCAGCACAAGAACUGUUCGUCAGCAGUUUCAUGAAAUGGGUUUCCAUGUCAGAGCAGCCGCACACAGGACUAAGAUCACCAUGCGCAAAGCCAAGAAUUGGCUGGAGUGGUGUAAAGCUCGUUGCCAUUGGACUCUGGAGCAGUGGAAACGUGUUCUCUGGAUUGAGGAAUCAUGCUUCACCAUCAGUCAGACGAAUCUGGGUUUGGCAGAUGCCAGGAGAACGCUACCUGGCCAAAUGCAUAGUGCCAACUGUGGAGGAGGAAUAAUGAUCUGGGGCUGUGUAUCAUGGUUUGGGCUGGGCCCCUUAGUUCCAGUGAAGGGAAAUCUUAACGUUGCAGCAUACAAUGCCAUUCUAGAUUAUUCUGGCUUCCAACUUUGUGGCAACAGUUUGUGGAAGGUCCUUUCUUGUUUCAUCAUGACAAUGCCCCCGUGCACAAAGAGGUCCAUACAGAAAUGGUUUGUCGAGAUCGGUGUGGAAGAACUUGACUGACCUCAACCCCAUCGAAACCUUUGGGAUUAAUUGGAACGUUGACUGUGAGCCAGGCCAAAUCGCUCAACAUCAGUGCCCAACCUCACUAAUGCUCUUGUGGCUGAAUGGAAGCAAAUCCCCGCAGCAAUGUUCCAACAUCUAGUGGAAAGCCUUCACUGAAGAGUGGAGGCUGUUAUAGCAGCAAAGGGGGGACCAACUCCAUAUUAAUGCCCAUGAUUUUAGAAUGUGUUUGACGAGCAAGUGUCAACAGACUUUUGGACAUGUAGUGUUGAUCUAUAUUACAGAGCAAAGAGAUGUUUGUCAACACAGCAAAAGGCGUGGUCUCAAAUUGCCAAUACAUCACCCACUUUGUGAGGGUCAUAUCAAACCACUGUCUGGACAAACUGUGUACUGCUGAACUGUCUCUCAGAGUGGAACAGAUUCUCACCAUCACCAACCAACUCACUAUCAUCUCCAGUGUUAAUGCAUUGACCCCUGGAAGCAAGUCUUCAGAUGAGAUCCUUGUGAAGAAUGCCCAGAACCUGCUUCAGAUAGUUUUGCAUGGGGUCAGAGCAGCAGAGACAGCCUGCAUCAAGGGUUUGAAACAGCCAGAGCCUAACUCAGAUGGGGUGGAGGCAGCAGCGCUCUGUUUCCAGUGGAAGAGGAACCUACAAAUGCACCGAGCCCAGCAGAACUGUAAUUCAGACACGGAUGAUCUUGGCCUGAGGAGAACCUCCCAGCACAGAGAAUCCCCCAGCCUGGCCCCUCCUAUUCACAUACAGAAGCAGGGAUUCAAGUGAACGUGUCAAACCCCAUGGACUGGACACCAGGAACUACUUGUUGCUACCAUGUAAACAUAUGGAUCAUGUCCACAGGACACACAACUUUGGGGAAAUGUAAUGAAAUAACUUCCAGUGUCCAGCACUUUGUUCCUAUGACAAACGUUUUGUGACCACAUUUCUUAAAUACUAGAUAUGUCAGCAAGCACAUGAUGUGCAAUGCAUUACACUUCAUAGAAAUGUUUGGCUGUAAAGGCUAUUUUGAAAAUAGCAAAAAGUUUAAUAUCAAAUAUUUUGGGCAUCAGAGCAAUCUUGAGGGAAUCCUAUUUGUGUCAGAAAAGGAUGUUCAUAUGAUAGGUAAGAUAUACAAAACUUGCAGAGAUCCUAUCCAACUGACAAUCUCUGAC